UACAGAAACACAGAUACACAGCGCUAAAAAUGCAAUCAAAGACACACACCACAACCGAUCGACAUGGCUAUAGCCUGCGCUUCUCGCCUUUCGAGGCCAACUAUUUGCUGCUAGCUACAAGCCAAUUGUACGGUCUGGCCGGUGGUGGUUCUCUUUUUCUCCUUAGCCAAAAUGCCACUUCAGACGGGCAGAGCCCCAAUCUGAGUGAAUUGUGCCGUCUGGAGUGGUCGGAUGGUCUGUUUGAUGUGGCCUGGUGUCCCUAUGCCGCCGAUGUGGCAGCCACCGCCUCGGGCGAUGGCUCGCUGCAGAUUUGGUCUGGCUUGGAUGCCGAGGCGGCGGAGGGACAGGAGACGCCCAAGCAGCCGCUGAUCUGUCUGCAGGAGCACAAGAACGAGAUCUACAGCCUGGACUGGGGCGAGCAGUGGAACUACCACACGCUCCUCUCCGCCAGCUGGGACCGCACUCUGAAGCUGUGGGACUGCAACAGACAGCACUCCAUCACGACCUUUGUGGGGCACAGUGAUUUGAUCUAUUGCGCAAAGUUUUCGCCACUGAUCGCAAAUCUCUUUGCAAGCGUGAGUACCGACGGACAGUUGAACUUAUGGAAUUCUCUUGAUUUUGCAGGUAAACCCCUGAUGAGCAUCGAGGCGCACGCCAGCGAAGUUCUCGCCUGUGACUGGAGCCACUUUGAUCGGAACAUCCUGGUGACUGGUGGAUCGGAUGGCCUCAUCCGAGGCUGGGAUCUGCGCAAGAUGCGGACACAUGUCUUUGAGCUGUACUCGGGAGAGUUUGCCGUCCGGCGCUUGGCCUGUUCCCCGCACUCCUCUACGGUUUUGGCAUCGGCAAAUUAUGAUUUUACCACAAGAAUUUGGAAUUUGGAACGUGGCGAAUCCCCACAGGAGAUCAACGAACAGCACACGGAAUUCGUUUGCGGCCUAGACUGGAAUCCCCAUCGUGCCCAUCAACUGGCAGACUGUGGCUGGGAUUCGCUGGCCAAUGUUUAUACACCCAAAUGCCUCAUCCAGGAUGGGGCUGCCUAAGCGAAUGUUCCUCCAGGGAGGAACUGGAAGAAAAAUCGAUACGAUAUGUGAUAAUAGCCAGGCCUACAAGAAAGGUGCACCACCGCAAGACGAUAGAUAGCCCAGCUAUAAACAGCCUCUAAGGAACCAAAGACAAGAGAAGAAGACAGACAGACAGUUAACGAUCGAUCCUCGCGGAAAUGAGGAUCAAAAGGAUCAAAAUGAUGUGUAAAUAGUUGUGUGAUAAAACCGCAGGCAGGUGCUGCUGCUGGUGCUGCAUCAAUGUCAAUAAAA